AUGUGUCAGAGCGAGAUUGCGGCCAAUGGCUGGACCAAUAUGCCCGCAAAUGCCGGGCUUAUAUUCGGUAACCGCCUCGCCUGUGUCGAAACAGUGGCUCUGCCGAUGGACGACCUGACAUUCCCAUUUGAUGACGUCGUCGUCGAAAAGACCAUGGAAUAUGCCAAGAAGGUUCUCCACCCAGAAACCUUCAACCACUCUAUGAGAGUGUAUUUCUACGGUAUGCAAUCGGUGGAUCUAGGCGAGCACAAUCGUCGUAUACUAACGCCUCUCCAAGGCAUGGCUAUAACGAAGCAGCAUUUUCCGAAACUGGCGUCUGAGCUUAACCCCGUGACCUGGGCUCUGACCUGUCUGCUGCACGACCUCGGAACCGCCGAGGAAUUCUUGACUGCUACGCGGAUGUCUUUCGAUAUCUACGGUGGUAUCAAAGCUCUACAGGCGCUCAAGGAUUUCGGAGCCACCACCGAUCAGGCUGAAGCUGCUGCAGAAGCCAUCAUCCGACACGAGGAUAUGGGGGUUGAUGGAGAGAUUACGUACAUGGGCCAGCUUAUUCAGCUUGCCACAACUUUCGAUAAUACGGGCUUUCAUCCGCAUGUCGCGGGCUUCAAGACUUUGAUUCAUCGAUCGACCGUCGCUGAGAUUAAUGAGGCUUACCCUCGAUUGAAAUGGUGCGCAUUCUUUUCGGAUAUUAUUCGCAUGGAAGAGACCCUUAAGCCGUGGUGUCAUUCAACUCACCUGGUUAACUUUGACAAGGAAAUCGAAACCAACACACUCAUGGCAGAAUGGGAAUAA